AAAAAGCAGAAGAAGAAGCUGCGGACCAGAAGAAGAACGAAAAAAGGAAGAGUUCAAGAGAACAGUUUGAUAUAAAGAUCUUUAAACACAAAGGUUUAUUUCUCCAAUUCACACUUGAAAAACUAAGUUAUGUGUGACACAACAUUCAUUAAAGAGGAGAGUGAAGACAUGAGUGUUACAGACACCAGCACAAUGAGAAAUGAAGAUGAUGCAGAACAAAGAGACCUAAUAGAACUGGGAGAAACAACGGUGUCAGUAUGUCCUCAUUGUGGAAAGAGGUUAAGAAGUGAAGAGCAGCUUGUGAUGCACAUGAGAAUCCACACUGAAGAAAAGCCAUUCACCUGCCCUCAGUGUGAAAAGAGUUUUACAAGAAAAAUUCAUCUAGAGGACCACAAAAGAAUUCACACUGGAGAAAAGCCGUUCACAUGUGUUCAGUGUGGAAAGAGUUUCUCAAGAAAAUGUAAUCUAGAGGACCACAUGAGAAUUCACACUGGAGAAAAGCCGUAUGCAUGUUUUGAUUGUGAAAAGAGUUUCACACAAAAAAGUAAGCUUGAGUCCCAUGUGAGAAUUCACACUGGAGAACGGCCAUACCCAUGUGUUCAGUGUGGAAAGUGUUUCACACAAAAAAGCAUUCUUAAUAAACACUUGAGGAUUCACGCUGGAAAGGGCCCAUACGACUGUCCUCAGUGUGGAAAGAGUUUCAGAGAAAAAAAUUAUCUUGAGGAACACAUGAGAAUUCACACUGGAGAAAAGCCACAUGUAUGUUUUCAGUGUGGAAAGAGUUUCACUCAAAGAAACCAUAUAGAUGUCCACAUGAGAACUCACACUGGAGAACGGCCGUACUCUUGUCUUCUGUGUAAAAAAAGUUUUGCGCACAAAAGUGUCCUGAAGCAACACAUGAUAAUUCACACUGGAGAGUGGCCGUACACCUGUUCACAGUGUGAAAGGAACUUUACAAGAAAAAGUCGUCUUGAGUCCCACAUGAGAACUCACACUGGAGAAAAGAUACACACGUGUCUGCAGUGUGGAAAAGGUUUUGCACAAAAUAAUGCUCUUAAGAAACACAUGAGAGUUCAUACUGAAGAGCCGCCAUAGACAUGUGUUCAGUGUGGAAAGAGUUUCACACAAAAAAGUCAUCUGUAGGAACAUUUGAGAAUUCACAUAGAGAAAAGCCACACUUUUGUUUUCAGUGUGGAAAGUGUUUCAGAUACAAAAAUGUUCUUAUGACACAUGAGAAGUCAUGCUGAAGAGAGCUCAUAACAACAUCUAACAAUGUUUAACAGUGGAUUCCAUUCACAGUGUUCAGUGUUUAUAUUAAACUCUUCUAAA